AUCGGGAAGUUCCACUCCAGCGCUUGGCCACAUGGUUCGUACUUUAGGCCGUUCGCUAUUGACAGUUGCCGUGUUGGCACUACUGCAUGCUGCCUUCUCCACGUACGAAUAUCUCUCGCAAUUGAAGGCCUUAGACAAACUUACGGUGUCCCGCCACUUACCAUCCAACAUUGUGAUUGAACUAUAUGUGGCCCUUUUAACUUUCAUACUUGGCGCCACUCUCAAUUCACCACCAUUGAGGGGAAUUACAUGGGCAAGCGAGAUGUCUACAAGGUGCACAGUAAAACUUCACUGCAAUGGCAUCACGCUCAAACUUGCUGCUCCUCCCUACCCCAAUCCAUCAGAACAAUCGACGAGAUGGACUCGCGUCUGGAAUUCGCUUCUGUGAAUCAUCGUGGAAAGAACCUGUUUGCGGCGCCUUCAUGACUUUGUUGAUCAUAAAUGGAUUCUUUAAAUAACGUUGGGGGAGUCUGUGUAUGCACAUUUGGCUGAGCGACCAAAUAAGAAUUAACUGACCUGGCCCUGA